UGUGUCGUCACAGGUGACGGUGCUGUCGGAAAGACGUGCCUGCUUAUCUCCUACACAACGAACGCCUUCCCUGGAGAGUACAUCCCGACAGUGUUCGACAACUACUCGGCGAGCGUACAGGUCGAUGGCAAGCCGAUCAGCUUGGGGCUGUGGGAUACCGCUGGCCAAGAAGAUUAUGAUAGACUGCGGCCGCUCUCAUACCCCCAGACCGAUGUCUUCCUGAUCUGCUUCUCUCUGAUCAGCCCGCCAUCGUUUGAUAACGUCGAGGCCAAGUGGUAUCCCGAGAUCAGCCAUCACGCGCCUAACGUUCCGAUCAUCCUGGUGGGCACCAAGCUCGACAAGCGCGAAGACAGGGAGACGAUCGAUAGGCUAGCGGCCAACCGAAUGGCUCCCAUCACCUUCCAGAUGGGGGCAAAGCGCGCCACUGACAUCAAGGCCUACAAAUACGUGGAAUGCUCCGCCCUGACGCAGAUGAACCUCAAGACUGUCUUUGACAGCGCCAUCCGGUGA